GGGACGAUAAACCCCCAUUUCUUCCAACUUCUUUCAAGUUCCAAAAACUUCGCCUGCGAUCAACUUUCCAGCAAACCAAACAUGGCAGAACAAAACCCUUUCACCAACAUCUUCUCCCACUCAAACUCCCCUCCUUCAAACGACACCGUAUUCUUCUCCAUCUACCCUGACUUUUCCUUAAACUCCACUUCAACCCCUAUAACUUCUCAACUCCAAUCACUUCACAUCCAAAUCCUCCAAACUCUCUCCCCUUACACUUCCAAUUACAUAUGGCAACACCAACCCUUCACCCUCACCCCUACCCCCACCCCCACCAACCCCACCACCCCACCCCACCUCUCCGGUCAUCUCCGUUAUGGCGAUAACCUCGAAGACGAAUGGUUCGUCGUGUUCCUCCUUUUCCAAACAUCCAAACACUUCCCUAACCUCUCUAUUCAAGUUAACGACACUGACGGUGAAUUCCUACUAAUCGAAACCGCUUUUCAUCUACCCAAAUGGGUCAACCCGGAAACAUCCACUAACCGGGUCUUCAUCCGGGCCGGGUCUCUCCACAUUAUCCCGAACUCUCUAAUACCCGAUACGCGUACUCCAUCGGUACAGGAGUCACUAAUUUUAUUGAGCCGCCCUUGUAAUUCUGAUAAAACCGUUGCACCUGAAAGGGUGCAGCGUCAGUUAGAGAGUAGGUUGAGGGAGUAUCCCGAUAGGGCCCACAAGAAUGUGCAUAGGGUUAGGGUUAGGGUUCCGGUGAGCGUAGCGAAAGUGUUGAAGCACGAGCCGUGUUUGAUAUCGAUCGCGGUUGAAGGGUUUUACGAUAGGGAUAUCGAUACCAUGAAGUUCGCGUCGAAGAUGGAGAGGUUUUUAGGGGGUGGGGUUGGGGGUAGGGGGGAGGAGUUGGUGAGGGUGGUGGUUAGGAUGUCUAGGGCAAUGUAUGCACAGUUAAUGCAACAAACGUUUAACGCGCCGAAAUGUUAUCCGGUAAUGCCAUCUAGGAGUGAUGUGAGUGGUUAUAUGGAAGCUGAGUUAGGGAUGAAGAUUGCUUGUGGUUUUGAGAUGAUAUAUCAGUUGAAAAAGAGGCAGGGGAUUGAGGGAAAAGGGAGUAGUUGGGACGCGUUUAGGCGGAGUUUAGAAAGGAGUGGGUAUUUUGAAGGGUUGUUGCCCGGAUCAAAGGAGUAUAAAAGAUUGAUGCAGAAUGCUGAGGAGUAUUACAAGAAUAGUUCACUGCAUGAACGAGAAAGUGCUAUACUAAGUGCUCCAGUGCGAAGAAUAGAUGAGAUCCUUGCCCUUCCUGAGUCUGCCAAUGACUUUAAGGAUCAGGAACUACCACCGUCUGAUGAUGAUUCAUGGCUUUAUGGUGGGGAGGAUGAGCUAAAUGCCGCUCUUCAAGAGAGGCAAAAGGAGAUGGAACUUUACAAUUCAAAAAGGAAACAGAAAGCAAAAGAGCAGGAUGGGCCCAGCAAUGGUUCUGAUAAUUUUGAUCUUAAAGAUAUAUCAAAGUCUAUGCAAGCAUUUGUCACGAAAGUGGCCAGCUAUGAAGGUGCAGAGGUUCCAGAUGAGAGCAAUGUAAAGGACGUCGACUUUGAUGUGGAUCGCUUUAUGAAAGAUAUGGAAUCAUUUGUGAGACGUCGGGGCCCUGAAGACACUGGCAGUGAUGUUGAUAUAGAAGAAGAGUCACCAUCGGAUAUGGAGUUUGAUGAAUCUGAAGAUGAGGAUGAUAUCGCUGAGCCAGCUGUUGAUAAUGAUGAGGAAGGCACAGCUUUCAUGCAUUCGUAUUCAGACGCUCUGAAUGAGGAACUGAAAGGGAGCACACUAAGUAAUACCUUUGUCCGUGCAAAUGAACAAUACGUCAAGAAAUCUGAGGGAACGUCUAAUUCUACAGAAAGCAUGGAAGAGGAUUUCACUCCGGUAGAUGUGGACUUCAAUCUUGUAAAGAACUUCCUCGAUUCCUUUUCCUCUCAAGAAGGACUUCCUGGACCUGCAUCUAACUUGCUCGGACUUAUGGGUCUACAGCUACCACCAGAUGCUAGCAAAGGGAAAUAAGCAUAUUUUUGUCGCGCAGCUUAUUUCUCGACUUCCUUUUCACAUGCAAACUCCAGUCUUUUGAUGGCACUUCAUGUUGUGGUAUUCGAUCUGAACGUGUAAACACUCUGAAUGAAGAGGUUGAUGUUCUGUAUUCUGUUUGUUUAUGAUUGCCAUGGAGAUGAUGAUGCUGGCGUUGCUGAAGUUAAAGAUAGUCCACGAUCUAGUGUGCUAUGGGCCUAUUCCCAUAUAUGGCAAGCGAAAGCAACAAUGCCAGGAGCUAUGAGCUACCUAUCUAUUGUGAUAUUGUUCUGUGCAUCGUAGUAUGUUCGGGUAUUGAUCUAGAAAUCUUCUUGUUAGGAAUUAUACUUAUGACAAGCAUAUUAGAAUUACAUACACGUGAAAAUAGAGGAAUAACAGAUACAUGCCCCUGUUUUGGCUAAUGAGAAUGUGAAGCGACUGUACUCCAUUUCA